AUGCCUAAGACUCAACCUUCCAUCCGCAGUGGCAGCCGUCGCCGAAGUCGUGUAGCACCAUAUCCACCCCGCGUAGAGAGCCGGUCCAAAAAAGCGACGGCUUCCAGCCCCUUGGAAUCAGUUGGAGAGGAUGUGUUUCUCAAUCCUAGCGAAUCCGGAGACUCCGAUGCGAAGAUGGCUGCGAGCGCCAAGAAAGUCAAUCCUGCCGACUCAGGAAAGGCCUUUGGCUCCCGGGAGUUGGAUGGCGGUGAUAUGCAGGUGGACGCUUGCGAUGCGGUGGAAAUCGACCGGAAGUUUGAGAAGUCGGAGACGCUUAUCAAAAUUAACGAUCUCUCGAGCUUCUUCCAGCUCCCGCGCGAGAUCCGUGAUCAAAUCUACGGAUGUGUGGCGGAUGCGACAAACGAUGGCACCCAGUAUGUAUACCUUCAGGAUGGCAACCAGAUUCGCCUUCCGACCGUUCCUGCUCUACUUCAGGUUUCUCGACGCAUGCGAUCGGAAUACUUCCCGGUCUAUGUUGCCAAAACUGAGUUUGUGCUGGGUCUGGCUUCUGAAGCCAGCCUCAAGGUUGUCGACAGAUGGCUGGAUUUCAUCGCACCCGAAGCCACGGAACUGAAUCAGAUGAGCCUGAUUCUGCGAAACCCUGCCUGGUGCCGCGGCGCUCUGUGGCCCAAUGCAGACGUAGAUGAUCAUGACGAGGCCUGCUACACCGGCUUCGUAGAAUAUUGGGUCGACUUCAAGAAGUCUAUUGCCGAUGGCAAUUUGAUCCAGGCGGUAGGAGAUCAACUCUUCUACCAUAACCAGACUUCGCAGGUCGUCCGAAAUAAACUUCAGCUGUUCCAGCAGAUGGCUGAGCAGCUUCGUGUCCAGCGAGCUGCGGAGACAUUGACGGUGGCCGAUGUGCGUAGUCUCAUCGAUGCGCUACUUGGAAUGCAUGGAAGGUUCCUCGUUCAGGAGGCCCACAUCAAUCGCCAGAAUUUUGGACCAUGGUAG